CCAGUGCGCGUGCGCACUCAGUCUCGCGCCCUUUUGUUAAGCAAGUGUUGCUCUUAUCAAUCGUCUUGACGUCGACAGAAAGCCAAAGUUCACGGAGAACAAGAAAAUAAACGUAUUGGGUGUCACCAAACAAAAAAAGGGAAGAGUGCGAAGAAGAUGGAAACAAGAUGUUUUAAAGUGGUUGACGGCAAUGUGAGGAUGGAAAGAGACGAGAAGAGAAAGAAUGAGGACAGACAGGGGAAAGCGACAGUGGAGAAGAACAGACAAGAAGAGAAGGAGACUGAUGGAGUCUGCUAUAGAGCAGACCAGUGAUGAUGUAAGAUGGCGGGGACUUCGAGACACGACCGAGAUAUGGCGCUGAACGCCAAGCGUCAACUGUCGGUGUGUUCUGACCCAGUGGAAAGACUCCGCCUCCAGUGUCUGGCCAGGGGUUCGGCUGGGAUCAAAGGUCUCGGCAGAGUCUUCAGGAUCAUGGACGACAACCAAAACCGCACGCUGGACUUGAAGGAGUUCCUGAAGGGAGUCAACGACUACGGCAUCCUUAUGGACAAACAGGAAGCUUCUGCUCUCUUCCAGCAUUUCGACCGUGACGGCAGCGGGGCCAUCGACUUUGACGAGUUCCUGGUCACGCUGAGGCCCGCCAUGUCCAAGUCCCGCAAGGAGGUGGUCAUGCAGGCCUUCCGCAAAUUGGACAAGACCGGCGACGGCGUGAUCACCAUCGAAGAUCUGAGGGGGGUUUACCACGCCAAGUACCACCCCAAGUACCAGAACGGGGAAUGGACAGAGGACCAGGUCUUCAAGACAUUCCUGGAUAACUUUGAUUCUCCCUACGACAAAGACGGCAAGGUGACGCAGGAGGAGUUCAUCAACUAUUACUGUGGUGUCAGCGCCUCCAUCGAUAGCGACGUUUUCUUCAUUCUGAUGAUGAGGAACGCCUGGAAGCUUUGAGCGAACGUCAACUUAUUAAACACCAUGAUGUCA